UUCUACCCUUCUUUUCCAAACCCUAGUUUCCUGUUUUUGUUCUUCUUUCUAUCUCGAUUGUUAGCGUUUGAUCGAUUCUCUGCUUGUACCAAUGGAGGCCGCUUCAGAUGAAGGAGACAAGAAGAAGCCUCCCGAAGGAGGGGAGAUCAAGUCGAAACGCAAAAUGAAGACGGCAUCUCAAUUGGAACUUCUCGAGAAGACCUAUGCCGUGGAGACAUAUCCCUCGGAGACUUUGAGGGCGGAGCUAUCGGCGAAGCUGGGACUGACGGAUCGGCAGUUACAGAUGUGGUUUUGUCACCGGAGGUUGAAGGAUAGGAAGGCUCCGCCGGCAAAGCGGCAGAGGAGGGAUGCGCCGGAUGAAAUGAUGAUGGUUGAACCGGGGAAUGAGCCUGGGUCUGGGUCCGGGUCUGGGUCGAGUCCGUUUGGACAGGCUGAGACUCGCAAGGGGGUUGUUGCCCGACCAUCACCACCUCCACCUCCUUCCCACAGGGUGAAUGCUGCUGAUAUACCCAUGAUUAAGAGGUACUACGAGCAUCCACAGUCAAUAAUGGAGCUGAGAGCCAUUGCUGCUGUAGAGGCACAGUUGGGAGAACCAUUGAGGGAAGACGGUCCGAUCCUUGGGAUGGAGUUUGAUCCCUUACCACCUGAUGCGUUUGGUGCUCCCCUUGCAACGAUGGGUCAGCCAAAGCAAGCUGCACGGCCUUAUGAUGGCAAAGUAUACGAAAGACAUGAUGCUAAGUCAAUCAAAACAUCACCACUCCUGCCCAGUAUGGAACAUUGUUUCGUACCUGGUUCAUCUAGUGGGAAAAGAAAGCUGACAGCUGGAAAUGUUCGUGUGGUUCAUCCUCAAGCUGCUGCAAGGGCUCUCCAGGAAUAUCAAUUCCUUCCUGAGCAGCCCAGUGCUAGAUCUGAUGCAUACGAUAGAGUUAAUUCAUCUCAUUUCUAUGACUCACCUGAUGGUCCUAGUGCCAGGGCUUCAUCAUUUCCUGCCACAGGGCAAUAUCUACAUGGAAAUGAACAGUUGUCAACAAGUUACAGUUUCCAAGGUCAUGUGUCAGGUGUUGAUCUUUUAUCUCAACAAGGCAGGCAGGGACACAUAUAUCCUUCUGCUUCAGGAGAGUACGAUGGUGUUCCACAUAAGAACUCUUUUGCUAACGUUGGGAUGGAUGCUCAGUUUGGUGCUCAUCCGAUGCAUGGACUAGAAAAUUCAUUUGUACCAUCUGACCGGCGUGUUUCCCAUGAUGAAGAUGUUUCUCGGAUGGAGAGAAAACGCAAGAAUGAGGAGGCAAGAAUUGCUAGGGAAGUUGAAGCCCAUGAGAAACGGAUACGGAAAGAACUGGAGAAGCAAGAUUUGUUGAGGCGGAAGAGAGAAGAACAAAUGAAGAAAGAAAUGGAGAGGCAUGACCGGGAAAGACGAAAGGAAGAAGAGAGGUUGAUGCGUGAAAAGCAGAAAGAGGAGGAGAGAUUCCUCCGGGAGCAAAAGCGUGAAAAUGAGCGUAGGGAAAAGUUUUUGCAGAAAGAAACCUUGAGGGCUGAGAAGAUGAGGCAGAAAGAGGAAAUUCGUAGAGAAAAGGAGGCUGCAAGACUGAAAGCUGCUAAUGAGCGAGCUACUGCUCGCAGAAUUGCUAAAGAAUCCAUGGAGCUUAUUGAGGAUGAACGCUUGGAACUUAUGGAAGUUGCUGCUUCAUCCAAGGCACUGCCCUCAAUCAUUUCCCUUGAUGGUGAUACAUUGCAAAACCUUGAUUCAUUCAGAGAUUUGUUGAGUACAUUCCCUCCCAAGUCUGUGCAAUUAAAAAGACCUUUUGCUAUUCAACCUUGGACCGACUCGGAGGAAAAUUUGGGGAAUCUUUUCAUGGUUUGGAAGUUUUUAAUCAAUUUUACUGAUGUUCUUGAGCUUUGGCCUUUUACUCUUGAUGAGUUCAUUCAAGCUUUUCAUGAUUAUGAUCCAAGACUGUUGGGGGAAAUACAUGUUGCUCUUCUAAGAUGCAUAAUAAAAGAUAUUGAAGAUGUUGCAAGGACACCCUCUAUGGGACUAGGAGCAAAUCAAACUAGUGCUACGAAUCUUGGAGGUGGGCAUCCACAGAUUGUUGAAGGGGCAUAUGCAUGGGGCUUCGAUAUACGUAGUUGGCAGCGCCACUUGAAUCCACUGACUUGGCCUGAAAUACUCCGUCAGUUUGCAUUGUCUGCUGGGUUUGGGCCACAACUGAAGAAAAGGAGUAUCGGAAAGGCAUAUUUUAGAGAUGAUAAUGAGGGUCACGAUGGCGAAAAUAUAGUUUCUACUUUACGUAACGGUGCGGCUGCUGAAAAUGCAGUUGCUAUAAUGCAAGAGAAGGGUUUCUCACAUCCACGUAGAUCAAGGCAUCGUUUGACACCAGGAACGGUUAAAUUUGCAGCAUUUCAUGUUCUUUCUCUUGAGGGAAGCAAGGGCCUCACAAUAUUAGAAGCUGCAGAUAAGAUUCAGAAAUCUGGACUUCGUGAUCUUACAACAAGCAAGACACCUGAGGCGUCUAUUGCUGCUGCAUUGUCAAGGGAUACAAAGCUUUUUGAGAGAACAGCUCCUUCUACUUAUUGCGUACGGGCUGCUUUUAGGAAGGACCCUGCUGAUGCUGAGGUUAUACUAUCUGCUGCCCGUGAAAAAAUACAGAUAUUUCAAAGUGGGUAUUCAGAUUCUGAAGAUGCUGAGAAGGAUGGGGAUGAAGCAGAUGAUGUUGAAAGAGAUGAAGAUUCUGAAUGUGAUGCUGCUGAGGAUCCUGAAGUUGAUGAUGUAGGAACUUCUUCAAAUCUAAAUAAAGAGACUCCGUGCUCAAAUGAAGCAAAAGCUUCUAAAACUUCCCCCGGAAAUGAAAAGGGGAUUUUCAGCUACGAGGUUGGAGAAACACCAGAAAGUGGCUUUGCAAAUUCUGAGAAAGGCUUCUCUUCAUUUCUUCCCGUGAAAUCCAAAGAAAUGAAUGGUUCAGGUGCUACCAUUGAGCAGUCUAUUGAUGUUACUGGAAACUUCAGUGAGGCGGUUAUUCUUGAUCAAGAGGAGACGGAGAUUGAUGAAAGCAAUUCUGGUGAACCAUGGGUUGAAGGAUUGACAGAAGGGGAAUACUCUGAUCUCAGUGUUGGUGAGCGUCUAAAUGCGCUUGUUGCCCUAAUUGGUGUGGCUAUUGAAGGAAAUUCAAUUCGUCUUAUUCUUGAGGAACGUUUGGAGGCAGCAAAUUCUCUUAAGAAGCAAAUGUGGGCAGAGGCACAACUUGAUAAAAGGCGUAUGAAAGAAGAAUACAUGACAAAGUUACAGUAUUCGUCUUUCACAGGGAUCAGAGCAGAACCACAUGCUACUAAUUCUGCAGCAGAAGGAAGCCAAAGUCCAUUGCCUGGGGUUGAGAGCAAGAAUAGUGAGGCUUCUCUGAACCCUGCAGUCAAGUCAGAACCACUUCUUGAUCCACAAAAUGUUCAUAAUUAUCUUAAUGAUGUCCUUGGUGAAAGGACCAUGGUAGGGCAAGAGUUCCCUGCAGGUCCUGAUAAUUUCCCGCAUCAGCAACAUGGUUAUGCCACAGAGAAGUCACGCUUUCAGUUAAAAGCUUCUAUUGCUCAUAAAGCAGAAGAGAUGUUUGUAUACAGAUCCUUGCCUCUUGGUCAAGAUCGCAGGCGUAACCGAUACUGGCUGUUUGUUACAUCUGCUUCUAGAAAUGAUCCAGGUUCUGGCAGGAUAUUCUUUGAAUCUCAUGAUGGCUGCUGGAGGCUUAUUGAUUCAGAAGAGGCAUUUGAUGCUCUUUUGGGAUCUUUGGAUACACGUGGGAUUAGGGAAUCCCAUCUGCAUUCUAUGUUGCAAAAGAUUGAGACAUCCUUCAGGGAAACUGUUAGAAAAAACCUGUGUAAGACCAGCAUCAUGGACCCAAAGGGGGUAACUCUCAGAACUGAAUCUGCUGAAAUGACUUCCAUUCAAGAUUGUGCAGCUGAUGGGACUGAUAGCCCUAGCAGUAUGGUGUGCGGAGCUAAUGCUGAUACACUGGAGCAGGCAUCAUCUUUCAAAAUUGAGCUUGGGAGGAAUGAUGCUGAGAGAGUUAAUGCCUAUAAGAGAUAUCUAGAUUUCGAAAAGUGGACUUGGAAGGAAUGCUUUAAUCCCUAUGUAUUAUGUGCUAUGAAAUAUGGGAAGAAAAGAUGCUCAGAGCUGCUUGGCAUUUGUGAUGUCUGCCAUGAUACCUACUCUUCCGUAGAUGAUCACUGUUCUUGUUGUCAUGCUACUUUCAGCACCCUUGAUGACUACAGUUUUUCUGAACAUGUGGCUCAAUGUGAAGAGAGACGAAAAGUGGACCCUAGCUGGACUUUCCAUGGUUCAGAUGCUUUGUUUCCCAUGAGGUUCAGAUUGCUCAAAGCAAUACUUGCGAUACUUGAGGUUUCUAUUCCAUCUGAAGCCCUUCAACCUUUCUGGACUGACACAUAUCGAAAAUCUUGGGGUUUGAAGUUGCAGACUUCAUCAUCAGCAGAGGAAAUUCUUCAGACACUGACAUUGUUGGAGAGUUGCAUUAAACGAGACUGCCUGUCUUCAAAUUUUGAGACAACCAAGGAAUUAUUAGCUUCUUGCACAUCUGCAGAGUGUGCUGUGGCUGAUUUCUUGCCUUUUCCUGGAUCUAUUGCGGUAGUUCCAUGGGUACCACAAACAACUGCUGCUGUGGCACUAAGGCUAAUGGAAAUUGAUUCGUCCGUCUCUUACAUUAUGAACCAGAAAGCAGAGUCUCAGAAAGACAAGGAAGCUGGAGAAUUCAUUAAACUCCCAUCAAGAUAUGCUGUUGUCAAAAAUAUCCAAGAAGUUGAACCUGCAGAAGCUGCAGAGCCAGCUGAAUAUCUACAAGAAGAGAGGUGGGAUGAUCCUUCUAGUGCAUGUAUGAGCUCUGGACGUGGACGUGGAGGCCGUGGGCGGGGACGUGGUCGGAGCCGAAGUGGAAGGUUGCAGAGAGGUGGCAGCUCCAGAUUCGAAUCUGCCAAAGAAAAUGCUGGGAGUAGUGAAAAGACAGUUAGAGGAUUAAGAAGGAAGAGCCGAACAAGGGGACGGGGGCGUAAGCGUGGUCGUCGUACAGUCAGAAGUAGGCCAAGAGCGGAGAAGAGGGUGAUUGAGAAGCAGACACCAUUAAUUCAGUUUGAUGAAACAUGUAGCCCCAGAAACAACAGUGAUGGACAAACGUCCAGAAGCUCUGGAGGCGAUGAAUGGGAUGUUGAAGAAACUAGGACAAUCAAGGUAGAGGGGGCAGAAAACAGUAACAAUGUAGAGGCAUCAGAAUCCGAUGACAAUGCUCAGGUGUCUGGGGAUGAGUAUGAUGAGCAGGGGCAAUACUAUGGCAACUUAUUCCAUGGAAAGUCUGAGGUCCUAAUGGAGGAGAGUGAAGAGGAUUUCAAUGGGGACAAUGGUGAUGGUGAUGGUGAUGGUGAUGGUUAUGGUAAUGGUGAUGUUGAUGAUGAAGAUGGAGAUAGUGACGAGGAGGGCGAUGGUGAUGCUGAUGGAGAUGGUGACGAAGGGGAUGGAGAUGGAGAUGAAGAUGAAGAGGUUGAUGGGGAUGAAGAGGGUGAGAUGGAUGGGGAUAGAGAGGAAAAUGGAGACGAGGACCAGGAGCAGCAUGUGGAUGAAGAUGAAGACACCGGGUCGACAUCGUCAUAUUACAGCGAGUAAGGAUAGUCUUGUAAGUAUAUUAUUGUUGAGAUAAAAUAUAGGUGCCUCCAGAGACGGGUGGUCAUAAUUAGCUUGCAUUCUUUUAUUUAAAAAGUUAAUGUCCUGUAGUUUUUUUUUUUGAAUAUUAGUUAAUUUCCUGUAGUUGAAGUUUAAGAACUUUGUAUACCGUUUUCAAUCAGAGGAAAAUAUG